GCUGCACUGAACGAAAGGGUGGGAAGUGGUUCCUCUCAACUGAAAAUGGCGGCUCCCUUAACACUAGUCUUGAUUUUAGCAGUAACAAUAAGAGCAGCGUUAUUUCGGUCUAGUUUGGCGACACUAAUCUCUGACAGGGUUGAAGUUGUAUCGCCUCUAAAUUCGUGGAAGAGAGUUGUGGAGGGUCUUGCUUUGCUGGAUCUGGGAGUCUCACCGUAUUCGGGAGAUGUAUUUCAUGAAACACCCCUCAUCAUAUACCUCUUUCAUUUUGUGGUGGACUAUGCAGAGAUUGUAUUUAUGAUAGCAGAUGGACUCACAGCUGUGGCUCUCUAUCUAUCAGUGAAGAGCUACAACAAAACUGUGUUCAGAAAACAGAAGUAUGCUUUGGAUGCAGACAGGUAUCCACAUGACUGUCUGGAGCUCAUGCGUUCACCCAAAGAGAUGUACAACAUUCCUCUCAAAGUGGCUAUGUUUUACCUGUUGAACCCCUUCAGUAUCCUAUCCUGUGUGGCAAAGUCUACCUGUGGUCUAAACAAUGCCGUUAUUGCAAUAUUCAUCCUCUGCACACUAAAAGGAAAUGCUUUGUUGAGUGCAAUAUUCUUGUCCUUGGCAACCUAUCAGAGCAUCUAUCCUCUCACAUUGUUUGCUCCUGCCCUUCUUUUCCUGCUGCAGAGGUUAUAUAUCCCAGUCAACCCAUGCAGGAGUAGUUUCUGGUCCUUCACCCUGCAAUAUGCCUUCAUGUUUGUAGGAAGUCUGGUUGUUAUUGUCUGCCUCUCCUUCUUCUUACUUGGAUCAUGGGACUUCAUCCCAUCAGUCUACGGAUUCAUCCUCUCAGUACCAGACCUCACACCAAAUAUCGGCCUCUUCUGGUAUUUCUUUGCUGAGAUGUUUGAACAUUUUCGUUUCUUCUUCAUCUGCGUGUUCCAGAUUAACAUCUUUUUGUAUACCAUCCCCCUAUCUAUCAAGCUCAAGGAGCAUCCAGUAUUUCUCAUCUUCAUGCAGAUUGCCAUCAUCUCCAUCUUUAAAUCAUACCCCACUGUCGGAGACAUAGCACUCUAUAUGGCCUUCCUGCCUGCCUGGAGCUACCUUUACAGAUUCCUGAGGAACAUCUUCCUGGUUUCCUGCAUUUUGUUGGCAUGUUCAGUCCUCUUCCCUGUACUCUGGCAUCUUUGGAUCUAUGCUGGCAGUGCAAACUCAAAUUUCUACUAUGCCAUCACACUGCUAUUCAACGUUGGACAGAUUCUACUCAUGUCGGACUACUUCUACGCAUACUUACGCCGGGAACAUCACCUGAGCCAGGGGCUGUACCUGCAGAGAAAGGAUGGCAGCGAGGCCACACUGGUGUUAAAAUAACCUCAAAAAAAAUAGCAGCUUGGUUACGUCUUCUCUUCCUCCACCCUUCCCUGAACUAUUUUUUUUAACCUUUUCCCCCUCUACUCAACUUUCAUUUUGGAAAGUUAAAAUUUCUGUUUAUCAUUAAUCUGGAAAAUCCUUCCACUACCAUGCCAUAAUAAAAAUAAUAAUGAAAUCGAGUACUACAA